GGCUGACGCAGCCGCCGGCUCCCGGGGCCGCCUUUGUCCGUGCCCGCGGCCCGGCCGGGCUGGCGGCGCGGCCCCGCUGCAGGGAAUAUCUGUCCUGGCUGCGCCGGCGCGGCUGCCCAUGGGACGGGCAUCUCCUGUGGAAUCCAGAGCAUCCCACCUCCGUCUUUCCGGAUAAAUAUUUGUGCGUGCCUUCGUCUGCCUGCCGACAGCCAGCGGCACGCGCGGCUCCAGGCUGCUCCAGCAAGAUGCCGGUGACGUUCGAGGAUGUGGCCGUCUACUUCUCCCCCGAGGAGUGGGCAGAGCUGGCAGGCUGGCAGCGGCGGCUUUACCGGGAGGUGAUGCUGGAGAACUACCAGGCGGUCGCCUCGCUGGGCUGGCCCGCUGUCAAGCCAGAGAUCAUCUGCAAGAUGGAGCGAGAAGAGAUGCCGUGCAUGCCAGCCCCUCCCAGGGCACGGUGGAGGCACCGGACCCCCGGUUCCAGGCAGGUACCGGGGGGCUGCAGGGGGGGGUCGGGAGCAGGGGGGGGGCCGUCGGGGCACCCCCGCCUCCAGCCCCUCUCGGCCCCCCCGGCCGCCGGAGAAGACCCCCCCGACGUGCCCCGAGUGCGACAAGAGCUUCAAGAGCCAGACGGCGCUGGCCAUCCACGAGCGGAGCCACACGGGCGAGCGUCCCUUCGGCUGCCCCCGCUGCGGGAAGGGCUUCCCCUCCAAGGGGGACCUCAAGCGCCACCAGAAGACCCACGCGAGGAAGCCAGACCCCCACCUCCCCGGCACCGGCCCGGGCAUCCCGGCCAAGCUGCUGCUGGCCCGGCCCCCCCCGCGGCCCCCCUGGUCCCCAGGAGACCCCACGCUUGCGCCGAGUGCGGGAAGAGCUUCGGCAAGAGCCGGGACCUGAAGAAGCACCAGCAGACGCACACGGCGGCGCGGCCCUUCUCCUGCUCGCAGUGCGGCCGCCGCUUUCGGCUGAAGCAGAUCCUGGCGUCGCACCAGAAGGUGCACGGCGGGGAGAAGCCCUUCGGCUGCGCCGACUGCGGCAAGCGCUUCGGUCAGAAGCAUCACCUGCUGAGCCACCGGCGGGUGCACACCGGCGAGAAGCCCUUCGCCUGCGGCCACUGCGGCCACCGCUUCAGCCAGAAGCACCACCUGGUCAGCCACCAGCGCAUCCACACCGGGGAGCGCCCCUUCGCCUGCGCCCGCUGCCCCAAGGCCUUCAGGGACAAGAAGACCCUCACCGUCCACCAGCGGGUCCACACCGGCGAGAAGCCCUACAAAUGCGGCGAGUGCGGCAAGACCUGCAGCCAGAAGCAGCACCUGAAGAGCCACCAGCGGGUGCACCGGGGCCUGCCGGCGGUGCCGGAGGGCGACUGGUGGGAGGUGGGGGGUCCGUCCCCGGCGGGGGGGGCGAGCGGAGGCCAAGCCCUUCCAGUGCGGCGGCUGCGAGAAGCGGUUUCGGGACGAGGGGAUCAUGCUGGCUCACCAGCGCACCCACGGCACCCCCAGCCUGCGGCCGCCUCCGCAGCCCGGCACCCCCCAAAACUGCCGCUGAGGGGCCCGUGGCGUGGCGGUGGUGGCUGAGGGGGGGGGGUCACCCAGAGCACCGACCUCCGGCUCCACCGGAGCAGCCACGCAUGAGUUGGAUGCGAGUGGCGGCCGCGGCCCCCUCCGCCACCGGCUCCGGCUGCUGCCCGAGAGGCAUCCUCGCCGGCACGGGGCUGGAUCCUCCUGGGCUGCUCCCUGGGGACGCCCCAAACAGCCGGCAUCAGGCUCGUCGGUCAUCGGCACCCCUUCCCCACCGUGCCGGGCACCGUGGUGCCGGCAGCUGCUGCGGGAGAGCCGCGGGCGCAGGACUGGCUGCCAGGGCAGGGGAAAUACGAUAAAUAUAUCACACUGCAGUCAGAAUGGUUUACGGGACAGAGGGGAGGAUGCUGCUUUAUUUUUUCCACCCAACUAGUAAAUAAAAAGCUUCUUGGUGCUGACAAAAAGUAGUGAGCUCUACGGCAGUGCGGCGUGUGCCACCGCUCACCGGCGGCAGCCCCUGUGCCUGGGUUGGGGCCGGCAUCCCCUUACUCAUCCCUAGAAAACCACUUUCCCAGCCCAUUCUCGUUGGGAGAUGGCGAGAGGCCGGGAUCUGCCGGGCAGCUGGGGACAAAGCGGCGUUCCAAGGGAGCCGGAGGGAUGCGGGCUCGUCUCGGUGAGAGGUGCAACCCGUGCCGGGGCCGCUGGACCUCCUGGUGGCCAGCUGCUCUUCCCAUCAGCUUGUUUUAAUUUUUUUUUUCAGUCACUUUUGCCCAGAGUUUCGCUCUAUUGCCCCAAAAAGCUGGAGUUGGUGGCCGUGUCAGUCAAAGCCCGGCCUGGUGUUUCAGGGGUGCCCAGGGCGUGGGGUGGGGGGCCAUCCCCUGCCUGACACCGACCCCCUUCCCGCUCGUCCCUAUGGCCUCGAGGCUCUCCGGGACACCGGCUCCCUCCGGGUCUCGGCUCCCCCAAAUACAGUCGGUCCGAGUGGCCUCGGGUGCGUCCCCACGUCACCCACCGCUCCCACAUGAGCCCACCCUCCCCAUGGCCUCUUCAGCCCCCCCAGACCGUGACCCCCAAACCCGACUUGCUCCAGGCUCGGCCCCAAACGGUCCCAGCUCACUGCGAGACCAAUCUCUAAUUAGAAAUACAGGAGGAGCAAGAAGCAGGGCAGGACCCGGGAUUAGCGGGCAGGUCUGUGCCAACAGUGAAGCCACGGGGCCAGUGACUCCCCCCGGCCCCCUCGCCGCCAGCAGCACCCUCCCCUCUGCACCUGGGGGCUGCAUCAUCCCCCCCCGGGUCCUGCCCUGCGGCUGCCAGCCGGCUGUGGAGCCACACAGGGUUUUUACCGCCCGACUUUCUGCACCCCGCUCCGGUGGGUUUGGUACAAGAUGGCAGCACCAUGUCCCCGUUGCUACCGGCAGCCGCACGCCGGAGCUGCCGCCGUCACCUCCAAGCCCACCUUAGCCCAUUUUUAAAGAUGCUGCCUUGGUUGGAGUGAUUAAUUUCUUCUUUCCAAUGGAAAACCAGCUUGUAUUUUUUUGCUUAUUAAAACUGAUAUUCCAGCGUUA